AUGCUCUCUGCCUUGCUCAUCGGUGCUGCGCUCGCCGCUUUCGCGGGUGCGACCGAGCUCUUCGAUCGCAACCUCGCGUACUCCUCGCCGUUCGCAAACGCCCGCCAUCUCUCGCACGAUACGCGGUCGCUCCAGGCCCGCCAUGUCGCCUUUGUCAAGAGGCAGAGCCGACUCGACGACACCGAAAGCUCGUCAGCGUUCACCGAUGAACAUUACCCCACUUUCUACGGUGGCGAUUUUAGCUCGAGUCCCUGGAUCUAUAACGGUGGGAUCAACUUCACUCAUUCAGUCGCCAGUGGUGAUCCUCUCGACAACUCCGUCCUCCUUUGGACCCGCGCCGUCCCAAUUGGAUCCCAGCUCCCCGACCAGAGUAUCCCGGUCUGCAUCUCGUUCAAGCUCUUCGACAACGAGAACCUAAGCGGGAAGCCUCUCGACACCGGCGAUGCGUUCACGUCGUACGACGUGGACUUCACGCUGAAGGUCGAAGCGAAGAACCUCAAGUCGGACACCAAGUAUUGGUUUCAAUUUGCGGAUUGCACGAACGCGCAGACGGUCAGCCCUGUCGGCACGACCCGGACGAUUUCGAACCCGAACACUCCCGCAAACCAAGUGAACAACGGCAAGCCUCUCAUGCUAGCUGUGUUCAGCUGCUCUCAGUACCAAGCUGGUUGGUUCAACGCCUACAGUGUCGCCGCGCACAACACAUCCGCCGAUAUCUUCGUUCACUUGGGAGACUACAUUUACGAGUCCCUCGGUAACGGUGCUGCGAUAGGACGCAAGACCCUCGGGCGCGAGCUCGCCACUAUAUUCGACUACCGCCAGCGCCUUAACCAGUACAGGACCGACUCUGGCCUCGUCGCCGCGCACCAAAAGGGACCCUGGAUCUCCGUCUGGGACGAUCAUGAGGUCGCGGACCAAUCUUGGAAGGCGGGUACGGCCGAUGCCAACGACAGCUCCACGGGCUGUAGCUGGUCUCCUUCGGGCGCCUGCUUCACGGAUAGGAAGCUCGCUGCCGUGCGGGCGUACCACGAGUGGAUGCCGAUCCGCCAAGUCGACCCUGAUGACAAGCUACGUAUCUGGCGUAACUUCCAGAUCGGAAAGCUGCUGGACCUCACUAUGCUCGACACGCGUCAAUAUGACCGCGACAUCACAGAUCUUUACUAUAACACUGUCAUCAACUCCAUCGCGAAUGAGAAGGGACGCUCACUCAUGGGCCCUGCUCAGGAGUCCUGGUUCCUUAACACGCUUACCCAAUCCAAGGCUCGCGGGGCGGUUUGGCGUGUGGUCGGCCAGCAGAUCGUCUUCACUCAGUUAAACGAAAGCGGUGGAUUUGAUGUCGACGCGUGGGACGGUUACCGCGCGAAUCGCAACCGCAUCCUCGAUCACCUCUACAGCAACAAGAUCGAUAACACCCUGAUUCUCUCUGGUGACUCGCACGCCAACUGGGUCAGCGACCUCGCGCACAUCAACGACACCACCAACUACGACCCUGUGUCCGGCAAGGGUGCGAUCGGCGUCGAGUUCGCUGGGACCGCGGUCACCUCCAGCUCGCCCUUCGGCUCGAACGUCAAGCCCGCGGCGGCGGACGUGGUCUCCGCCGAGCUCGUGGCGGUCAACACAGACCUGCAGUGGAGUGAGGGCUCGUACCGCGGUUUCUUCACGCUCGAGCUCACGCCCAAGACCGCCAACGCAACCUACUUUGCGAUGCGCAACAUUUCGAACCCGAAUUUCGACAGCUUCGCGAGCGCGACAUUCAUCGUGGAUGCGGGCGCGAACAAGCUCCAGCGGCCGGUUGCGGGGGGCAAGGUGCUGGCGGGCGCGCUCAAGGUUCGGGCGUGA